UAUUAAGAAGUUCAAAAACGCCCGGCAAGAGUAUCUGAAUUAAGGACUAUUGAUGGCAAAAUACGGGAUGAUUUAAUUGUUCAAAGGUUAAUUUACAGCACAUUUAGAGAUGGAUGCCAAGCUGUCACUAAUAGCCAGUUUUGAUGACCUGGCUAGAAAUGCUAAAGUAUUACAGGUUGGAAUAGAACCAGAAUUUCAACGUUUUGUAUCUAAUCAACAAGAUUGUUUGAAGAAAUGGUGUUCAUUAGAAACAGACUUUGAACGGUUUAAUGAAAGAAUUGCUACCCUAGAAAAAGAGAAUGAUUCACUACAAACCACAUUGAAGCAUGCAAGAAGUCAAAUUGUUAAAGAAACAGAACACAGACGGUAUUUGGAAUCUGAACGAGACCAGUUGGAAAGACAGAUUUCUUUAAUACGAGAAUUACUGACUGACAAGAACAGAAAGAGUAUGUUGAAUGAGCAGGAUAGAGAAAAAUUGGCAUUUCUCAGUCAUAAUACCUAUCAGUCACAGUUGGAGGCCAAUUCUCCAUCAAGGAGACUUGGAACAAUAAAUGAGUCGACACAUUCCAUACUUGGUGAUUCAGUUUAUGAUAAAACAGAAGAUGACCUCGACACAUCAUAUCUCCGCAGUGGAAGAAAGGUUAAACGACCUUCAGCACCUCCAAUGGAAGAUGAACCUGUCAAACGACGGCGUAGUGAUGAAGAUGAACACAACAACUCCAUAGUGACCCAAACAACUGUCACCCUUAAUGCGAAUGGCCAUCUUGUUGGGGCUGUAGCUGAGGUUAUCCCGCUGACCAAGACGCUCAACAAAAGCUUCAGUGAACCAGCGCUGGACAAACACCUGGAUAGUCCUGCUCGGGAUGUUGAAAGUGAACCCGAGUCUGAGGAUUCUUAUAUGGGUACACCUGGCAACAGAAAUCAAAACUCCCGGCGCAAAUCUCGAGGUAUCCUGAAGGGAGCUACUCCUAAAACACCACGUCUGAGAAAAGCAAGUUCUGCUGGUCGUGGAUUGAACAGGAUCCACUUUUUCAUCUCCAAGACAGUCAUCAAACCAGAGACAUGUGCCCCAUGUGGAAAGAGAAUCCGAUUUGGCAAGCUUGCUAUGAAAUGUAAAGACUGCAAAUCAACCUGUCACCCAGACUGUAAGGACAAUCUUCCUUUACCAUGUGUGCCCUGCUGUCCUAGCACCCCGGGAACUAGCAAAAUGUCGGGUGGCCUGCUGACCGACUAUGCACCCAUUGACCCACCAAUGAUUCCAGCUAUUGUGGUUCACUGUGUUAAUGAAGUAGAGGCACGAGGACUGUCGGAGGUGGGACUGUACAGGGUUCCAGGAGCUGAUUCACAGGUAAAGGAUUUGAAAAAAGAUUUUUUCAAAGGAAGAGGAGUACCAAAUAUGUCCCACAUUGAUGACAUCAAUGUGGUGUGUGGCUGUCUGAAGGAUUUCCUGCGAGGCCUCAAGGAGCCUGUCAUCACCUAUGCUCUGUGGAAGGACUUCAAAAGUGCUGCAGCGAACCGUGACCAUGCUAUGGGGGAGUCUGAACUGUACCAGGCCAUCAGUCAGUUGCCACAACCAAACAGGGACACAUUAGCCUUCCUCAUUCUUCAUCUAAUCAGGGUGGGUGAAUGUCAUGAGUGUAAGAUGCCGACCAGUAACCUGGCCAAGGUAUUUGGCCCCACGAUCAUCGGCUAUUCAGUGGCCGACCCCGAGCCUCUUAUGAUGAUAAAUGAGACUAAGUACCAGAGCAUGGUGAUGGAGAGACUGUUCGACAUCCCAAUAGAUUACUGGGAGUCUUUCCUCAACAUUGACGAGGAGAACCUCUAUCCAAAUCAGUUCAACACCCCACAGACACCAGAGACCAGAGCAGUGCCAGGCAGUAUGCUUGGACCUAUUCAUACACCAGGCUCCUACGAGCACAAGAGCAGAACAUGGGGCAAGAGCUCCUUCACACCAAGGCAGAAGGACAGCAAAGUGGCUCCCUAUGUGACAGGAUCACUUAGAAUCACCAAGAUGAAACCCAAACUCAUGCCACCGCUAGUGAUGCCGCGCAGGUCUAUGAGCGAGACCUGUCUGUGAGGGCAACUGGUGGUGCCGGAGAUUUUCAAACAAGAGCCGAACCAUCAACAAGAAGCCCAGCCAUUUCUUUUCCUCACCGAUGUUGAACUGAUAUACUAAGGGUUAUCAGUUGAGGUUUCCUAGUUUUGGACAUUCCACAUCCCAUGGCAGACAUGAUUGAGUUUGAAUGGACUUCAAAACAAUUGUUAGUGAUUUAGAUCCUCCACACAGAUGAAAUACAAAUACAUUUGAUGAUUUCAUUUUGUGCAGUGGUGCCAGGUACAAAACAUUUGUAGAUGAUCAAAUUUACUAACUCACAUUUGAGUGAAAGUAAUAAGCUUCUAUGUAUCGAAUGUAAAGUUUUUGUAAUUUUCCUAAAAAUACAAUUAUGAAAUAGUAAUUACAGACGUAUUGAAAAAUUGUAAGUCCUCAAAUUCUGCGUGCAGAAUUCACUUGUGAAGAUUUACAACAAAUAUGUUCUCACUUGAUGUAUUAUUUUUUAUAAAAUGACUGAGUGUGAGAAAAUGAGCUUUUUUCAACAUAGCAUUGAUGACUUUCUUUUCGAAGGAAUUGAGAAAACUGGAAAUGUGCAAGUAGACUUUUGAUAAACAGUCCGAUUGAUUUACUGUUUCUUUUAAAAUCAAAUCAUGAUAUGGAUUGAUUAACUAAUCAUUAUAAAAAAGUCGAGUAAGAAUAAGAUUAUACGUUUUCAUCUUCUGAAAUAAUUGAAUUCUUUUUGCAGUUGAGUAACUAAAUGAGACCAAAGAUUUGAAUACAGUCAUAACCUUGUUAAUCAGGGCUCCACUAUUGCGAAAACAUGCAAUCCCGACACUAAUUCUUCUGAAUGGAACUUCAUCUGAAAAUUUAUGUUAUGGAGUAGAAAGAGCAGAAUUUUGUCUAGAUAUCAAAGGCAUACCGCCAAAAAUUACAUCUGGUCAUGUUUGACAACACCCAGGUGUGUGAAAAGAAUUGUAAACUUUUUAGUAUUUUUCCCUUUAAAAUACGACUAGUCCUUAACAGUGGGCCCCACUUGGAGCUGAGAGGCGGGGCCCAAUAUUGUAAAUAAAGGAAACUAAUUUUAAAAUCUCUCUCCUUCGAUACAAAUGGAGAGAUUUUAACCAACUUUGGUCAAGAGAACCUGCAGGUAAAGACAACCAAAAUAUGUAUAAAUGGAGGGCGGGGUCGAAUAGCAGAGAAAGAAAAUUAAUAUUUGAAAUCCUUCUCCUUCCAAAGGAAUGUAGGGAUUCUAACCAAAUUGUUCUGUAGCAUCCUUUGGCAAGUGGGACUUGGGUUUAUGUAAACAGGGGGCAGAGGGUUGUGGCCCAAUAGGGGAAAUAGAGGUAAAUCAAUGAAAAAUGUCACCUUCCAUACAAAUUGAGAUAUUUCAUCCCAACCCUAUUACCAAAAAUACCAUUUCUGGGCAUGAAGAGAAGAAAACAUUCAUGUACCAACCCAUGGAGACGAAUACACUCAUGUUCUUGUUGUCUUACCCACCCAAACAGGUUUACAUGUAAUUCUUCUUGCAACUUGUAUUUCUUAUACUCCUUUGAUAAACUGGUGUGAUACUCUCCUGGUCUGUCUGAUUCGUUUCUGUCUUAUUGUUUCAGUAAUGUUAUUCUGCAGUCAAGGUUAGGGCCCUGGGUUCAAUAACCAUACAAAUUUGUCCUCAUUGUUUGUUGAGAAAAAUUUGUGUCAUUUACUAAGAAAACAAUUCUCUAAACACAAGUCCCUAGUUUUAUUAAUCUGCUAAUUUUUUUUCUUUCCAUAUAAUUCCCUCAUGAGCCAAUGUUUCCAGAUGAUCAAGCUUUAAUUGUUAUACUUUCAACAGUGCCUAUAGCUAGCACUUGUACACAUUUUGCAUCUUCCGGUUGAAGUCGGUGUUCAUGAAUUGGUACAUUUGAGUCAGAGGUGUUAUGCAUACUGAUAUUAUAAAUGAUUUGUAUGCAGUGUUCUGAGUAAAGUAGUAAUUGCACAUCAGAUUUACAUCGAACCUUGUCUUCACAAGUGGGGACUUUUGAUAGGAUCUAACUGAUAGCAAUGGCUGGCCUGCCUGCUCUACUUGUGUUCAAAUGAGUCAAUUUUUCCUGAGGCAGCAGAAUAAAUAAGAUCCAAAUCAGUUGAGAUGCUUCAGUUAAAAAUAUCAACUUCAAAACUUUUGGUUUGGGAUUUGCUUUGUGAGGUAACUGUUACACAAAUACUCUCUCUUUCUCUCUCUCUCUCUCUCUCUCUCUCUCUGCAACUGUCCUAUCUUAACAUUAGAUACAGCAUGGCAAAAUGACCCAUUGCACUGACCUUUGACCUAAUGUUUGAUUACCUCUUGUGUUACUUCAAUUCCAGUAAUGUUAGGUGGAGUCCCAUUACUUUUCUAUUGUUUAUAGGCAUUGCAAAGUUAUAUCCCAGCUAAAGUGAUGCUAUUUCCUCUGUAUACCUACAAACACACAAAUUGUUGGGCUUUUUUGAGAGACAUUUUGAAAUAAUUCUCAGCAAUGUUACAGAAACAAUGAAUAUCCUGUCUAGUAGUGUAACAGAUGUAUGUUAAACAACAGGCAGGGAUUGCAUUCACAUAAGUAUUUCUAUUGUAUAUAGAUUUAAAUGGGGGAAGCGACUCCAUGUAAGAAAUAAAGCUUAACAAACAGGACCUCUUCCUUAGUUGGCGAUAAAACACGAGUGUGCUCUCGACACCAACUUGUUUGUCAUUGUUCUACCCGACGGGUCACUUUAAGUCUGCCACAUCAUCAUUUGUUGUAGAUAUGUAAAUAAGCAACUAUCAGUAAUAUA